GACUACUCAGUGCGGUUACAGUGGUGUAGUUAAAGUUGAGCCUCAAACAGUAUCGAUACAAAGCGGCAACGUCCACACACACAACUACCUUACAGAAUGGCCUCUAAAAGACCCAAAAUCUACAAGAGGGAUAAUGCCAAUGACACAGGAGAGAUGGACAGAAAAGAUGUUGAGAAGAAGAUCGCAGUCGUGAGAAGCCGCCAUGUCAGGACAGAAGCAGAGAAUGCCUCACGACACCAAACAUGCAAACAUACAGAUUAUUUGAGGAUUGGAAAAGCAGCUCCAGUGUGUUUGGUGCUGAUGUGUGUUGCUAUGCUGACUGUAGUCGUAGUGAUGGCUGUCGAUCUCUACACGAUGAUUGAAGAGUUUCACGUCAAAAACAAAAACCACACUGAUGAAAUAGAUAACUUAAAAACAAGAAAAAAAGACUUAGAACGUAAUGUUGAAAUGUUAAUAGAAAGUAACAAAGCCCUAAAGGAAGAAAAUCCAAAAAUACAGGAAAAAGUGGAAGAACUAUGGAAACAGAUUGGUAAAAUGGAUGGAUGGCGGUGCAAUCAAUCCAGUCUUUACUUCAUUUCGUCUGAGAAGAAGAACUGGACUGAGAGCAGAAGAGACUGCAAAGAGAGAGGAGCAGAUCUGAUCAUCAUAGAAAGCAAAGAGGAACAAGAGUUUGUAGAAAGAGAAAUUGGAGUGUCUGAUUCAGUCUGGAUUGGUCUGACUGACAGUGAGGUCGAGGGCACAUGGACAUGGGUUAACGGCACUAGUCUGUCCCCUGGGUUCUGGGGAGCAGGAGAACCAAGUGGUACCAGCACUAAUGAUGAAGACUGUGCCGUUAAUCUGUCUUUAGGCUUUGGGGAUUAUCCCUGUAAAAACCCAUUUAAAUGGAUCUGUGAGAGACAAAAUUAAUUUGACUUUUUUUAAAAAACAGUCCCACAAGUUCCCAUGAAAAGAAUAAUCUGUAGCAUAAAAUAUUAAUGAUUGUUUAAGAUUCUAUUACACUUCAUACCAAUGGUAAAUUCUGACUUAAUGUUAUUCUGAUUCAACCAGCAAGUUUUCUUUUGAACUAAAACGACAUGGGCCUCUCCUCAAAGAUAAUAAGUGGAAAAAAAUCUAAAUAUUUCUCAGAAUUUAUAUAGAUUUGAACAAAAAAAGUGAGAAUUUGUAAGGGGUAUGAAUCAUUUUGGGCUUGUCUGCAUGUGUAGCUUUUCGUCUAGCAUAUUUCCAAAGCUGAAGUGUUUACAUGUUUCAAAAUUAGUGUAUAAAUGAAGUAAGUUUGGGACAUGGCAAGUUGUUGAAUUAUGUUUUUUGUUUUAUCAUUAAAUUUACUAUUUUUGUGUCUUGAUAUGUAUUGCUUUUUGAGUUGUCUGAAAUCCCAAAUAACCAUGCUUGUUUUUUUAUAUCCAUAUUUUGUGAUUUAUAUUUCUCAUUUAGAAUUAUGAACAUGAAUUAUGAAUGG